AUGGAUCGUAAAGCUACUCGUGAUGUAGCAAAGAAGGACCGACGAAAAAAUGCAAGUGCACCUGAUUUACUAAGCAGCAUGAAACAAGAUGAUGAUCGUCUACGCAAUGUGAGGUGUAGCAACUUUGUAGCCGGCCCCAGGCAUUGGUCCGCUGCACCGGCACGCAGACUCUGGAGCUACCUGGUGCGCCAGGAGCCGGUGCAAGAGCUGUUCAUCCGCUGCGUGUUCGGCAAACGACGCAGUGCGCCCAGUAUCACAGAGCUGGUGGAGAGCGUGAGCGGAGAACGUGACAGGCCCGACGCCGCAGGCCACAACCUGCCUGAACCUGUCCGAAUCAUCCAUAAGGAACAGGACUCCAUCACUGCUUUCUGCCUCAACAAUGUGAGUACGGGUCUGCUCGCCUUGGCCACGCCACGAGAGGUGCAAGAGAUGGACAUAUCGCUGUUGCUUGAGAUGCCGUCUUGGCUGGAAGAUGAGUGUGAACUGGACCUCAUGAGUCUCAACAAGGAACCGGAACUUCUGCCUACUAGCGGAUUUCUGGUAAAUUCAGACACCCACCCGACAAACCAGUGGUUCAGAACCCCGCCAACAACCCUGGUGGGGCCACCAGCCCUCAGGGGGGCUUGGCGGGGCAGACGGGACGUGGGGCCUGCUCGGUGUUUCGAAUUAGGAACAAACAUUAAACCAAUAAUAAACUCAGUGUUUACCGACACCAUUUUUAACGAAACUGCCACCGACGGGACUAAAUGUGUGCACGCGUGCCCGACGGUAUGUUCUGGUUCUGUGUGGCACUGUCUCGCUGGCGACAGCGGCGGAGCAGCCUCGCCUCUCACGACUGGUGCCACUCUGUGUGUUGGACAGGUGAAGACGGAGGCGGCGAAUGGCGCGGGUGGAGGUGCAAGCAAGGGCGGGGGGAAAGCUCUGCCGGUGCUGAAACACAGAGUAGACAAUAUCAGGAGAGUCAGUGCUCACCCACUCCUUCCUCUGUAUCUGACCGGCUCGCAAGACGGUUCGGUGCAGAUGUGGGAGUGGGGGCACGCAGCAGCAGUGACAGUGGCGCGCCCCAGUGGCACAUUCGCCAAGGUCACUCGUGUGCGCUUCAGCCAGCACGGCAACAAGUUCGGUGUGUCGCAGACGGUGAUGGAAACCUUUCACUCUUCCAGUCCCAGGUCGGGACCAGUGCGCAGGGCUCCCGCCCCUUCUUU